CUCACGAGUCAGGGCGUAGAGUUCAUCCCCUUCCUAUGCAGGGCACUCCCCGUCAGAAGUCGAAUCGGAAGCCGAGACCAGCAUGAAUCCGACCAGGAGCGGAUAAUAAAUCUGGUAAAGAUCGACUCCCCUUUAUCAUCACUCUAUCUCUCGGGAUUAUCUCUCGUCUACGAUUCCGAUUUCUCCAUGGAGAAGCAGGGCCAGGAGCGGCAGAUCGAUCCAGUAAUGGAGGCAGCGAGCGGGGAUCCCGACGACCCCCUCAUCGCCGUCCGCCCCCAACGGGUCGGCGGGUGGUGGGCGCGUAACCAGGACUUCAUACGGAGACGCGCGGAGACGCUGAGGCGACCCGCCGCCCGGGCGGAGACCGAGUUCGAGGCGGAAGCAGAGUGUCGCAGAGAGCCGCCGGCCUCCAAGAACUCCAUGGCGGGGCUGCUCGUGCCGGCGGCGGCGGAGGUGCGGGAUCUGGAGUGCGCGGUGUGCCUUGAGGACCUGGUGGCCGGAGGCAGGAAGCUCAGGAAGAUGGACUGCUCCCACUGCUUCCACCAGCGCUGCAUCUUCCGCUGGCUGCACGUCAGCCGGCUCUGCCCGAUGUGCCGCUUCGCGAUGCCCUCCCGGUCCGACGACGAGCGCGUCGGCGACGAGGUGGAGCGGGAGCUCGCGGCCGAGGAGGAAGACGAUGCUGACGAAGAAAAGUCUGCGGCAACUGAAGAACGCUCGUCCAGUGAGGUUUUUACAAUCCUACAAAUCAAAGAGACACAAUCUUCUUGAUUUUGGGCCCACGACACAAACUUUAUUAGAUCCUCUAUGUGGCCAUCCAGUCAAUCAUGCUCGGUGAGUAUGGUGUUCCACCUGCACUUCGUCAGCACGAUGUCGCACUUGCUCAGCCUGCAGUAUUUUUGGUUGAUGCCUUGUUGGAGGGAGAUCAAUUUCCUCA